CUUUGACCAUUCAAUAACGUCCACGCGUUUCAUUUGAAUUUCUCUCUGCCGUAUUUUAGCGGCGUGACUCUUCGAUUUUCCUGUCUAUCCCCUUUAGAUCUCUAAACUAUCGAAAACUGUCGGAAAUUUUCGGUUAUAGCCCCUAAUUUAUCAGUAUGCGGUUAAAACAGAUACUCGUGUACUUGGCACUUGUAGUACUUCUUUGUACUUUGUCAUCUUGGGCUGCUGACGAUGUUGAAGUCGAAGAUGAAGAAGAUUUGGACAGCGACAGCGAAAGCGAACCAGAAGAUCAAGGCAAGGAGAAAAAGAAGGCACCUGAAAUUGAACCAUACAAACCGCCGGUUAUCAGUCUUGAAAAUGAAGACUCCGUAUUUUUUUCCGAACCUUUUGCAAUCCGUGGCGAAUUUCAGAACAGAUGGUUGAAAUCUCAAGCCAAGAAAGAUGGAGUUGAUGUUGAAAUUGCCAAAUAUGAUGGUGAAUGGUCAUUUGAGGAGCCUGCCACCAAGUUAUUCAGUGGGGAUCUCGGACUUGUUCUUAAGUCAAAGGCAAGACACCAUGCUAUUUCAGCCUUGCUGAGUAAGCCUUUUGAUUUUAAAGACAAGCCAUUUGUGGUCCAGUAUGAAGUAAAAUUUCAGCAGGCGUUGGAAUGUGGUGGUGCUUAUGUCAAACUUCUUUCUCAACAAGACUCUUUUGACCUGAAAACUUUCCAUGAUAAAAGUCCGUACACCAUUAUGUUUGGACCUGAUAAAUGCGGUGAAGACAAGAAGCUACACUUCAUCUUUAGACAUAAGAAUCCAAAGACUGGUGAAUACGAAGAGAAACAUGCAAAGAAACCUACUGGAAACUUCCAGAAUGUUUUUGAUGGCAAAAAGACACACUUAUUCACCUUGGUAGUGAGACCUGACAAUUCAUUUGAAGUAUUUGUGGACCAAACAAGCGUGAAUUCAGGCAACUUGUUGGAAGAUGUCACUCCCGCAGUCAACCCCCCAAAGGAGAUUGAUGAUCCUAACGACAAAAAACCAGAUGACUGGGAUGAGAGAGAAAAGAUUCCAGAUCCUGAUGCUGAGAAGCCUGACGAUUGGGAUGAAGAUGCUCCCACUAAAAUUCCUGAUCCUGAUGCAAAGAAACCUGAUGAUUGGCUGGAUGAUGAGCCAGAGUAUGUUGCUGAUCCAAACAGUGUUAAACCUGAUGACUGGGAUGAAGAGGAGGAUGGUGAAUGGGAGGCACCCCAGAUUGCCAACCCCAAAUGUGAGAAAAGUGGAUGUGGAGAGUGGAAGGCCCCUUUCAUAGAUAAUCCUGCUUACAAGGGGAAAUGGUCCCCGCCACUGGUUGAUAAUCCUGACUACAAAGGUAUUUGGAAGCCAAGGAAAAUUGAUAAUCCAGAUUAUUUUGAAGAUAAGGAACCUUUCAAGAUGACUUCCAUUGCAGCUGUUGGUCUGGAACUCUGGUCGAUGACUCCAGAUAUACUUUUCGACAACUUCAUUAUCACCAAUGACAAGUCCGUUGCUGAUAAGUGGGCUUCUGACAGCUGGGUGAAGAAAAAUGUGAAAGAAACCUAUGGAGGAGAUGAAGAGGGUGGAGUUGUGAAUAACUUACUGGAGGCGACAAAUGAACGGCCAUGGCUGUGGGUGCUCUUUGUCAUUGUUGUUAUCUUGCCAUUUGUCCUUAUUGCGGCCUGCUGUUUCCCUGGAAGCAAGAGUGACGCUGCUAAAAAGAAGAAGACAGAUGAACCAACUGAAGAUGUUCCAGCUGAUGAAAACGAGGAGGCAGAGACAAAAGGCGAUGAUGAAGAGGAAACAGCGGCAGGUGAUGAGGAGGCUGAAGAGAAAAAUGAAGAAGAGGAAGAAAAGAAGGAGGCAGAGGGAAAUGAGGAAGAAGAGCCAGCUGGCAAGGAUGAGGUUGAUGAAGAGGAAACUGAAAGGAUGCCAACAAGACGAAGACCAAGGAAGGAUAACUAAUGUCUGUUACACAGUUCCAUUCUGCUCUCUGCAGGACUUAUGAUGUCUCCACUGACAAUGCUACAAGGAUUAUUGUUUGACAAGACUCUAGUUUGAUUGCCUUAUUUCUUUUUAGUGCAAAGGGCUUGUCUUACUGUGUGUGGACUAAAAGAAGCAUGAUACCCUUGGGAGCCAAUCAUUUUGGAAUUUUGAAAUGCUGUGCAGAACAAAUGCCAGUCUUUUAAGUGGCAGCCCUUGCAGCUACAAAUGUUGUUGAGACUAUGUUAGGAUUGUCAAAUAGCUAUACAAUGAAGUCAGAUGUGAUUAAUGUGGAAUUAUGAGGUGUAUCUGUUGAUGAUGUUGCCUAUGCUGGAUAAAAUGUUUCCUUGUAUUUGGUGUUGUUCAAAGUGAUUUAAGAGAGGCAUUUCUUUUGCAUAUCAAGAUGUGAUUGUAGAGCAGUUGAAAUGUUCUCUUUUAGUUGUAGUUUGGAAAUAAGUAAAGUGUGUGAUUGAGCUAUCUUUUUUUUUUGGCUGUCUUUUUCCAAGUAGGUUAUUUACUUAAAGGUAUUGAAGUUGUUAGUAAAACCAGACUUCAUAGACUCUAAAGGGUCAAUAAGCAGUUAAACAAACACAAGGGUCUAAGAGCAGUUUAUCAAUCCAAUUUGGUGGCUUGGCCUUCAAACUUGAUGACCUAACAAUUUCUGGUAAAUAAUUUACAGAAGGACAGUUGCAUUGAGAGUAUUUGAUGGAACUGUUUGGAAAAUGUACAAGGAUGUUCCUCACAUUUUUUUUUUUUUAAUAUUUAUCGGAUGACUCAGGGGAACAUUUCAAAUCAUGCAGGAUGAGGACAAAAUCACAAGCUUAUCCAUGUAAAACAGCACUUGCAUGGUGAACUAAUCACAGUGUAACUUUUGCAAUUGAAGUGACAUGUUUAAUUUGUGGCAUUUUUCACCCACUAGGUACUUUUUUUUUCAGUUAGACCAUCUACAUUUUUAGUUAUCUUUUACAUUAAAUAUACUUGUGUUAACUCUUUAAAAAACUUGCAGCAACAGAAUGUUGUCAUUUUAAUAAAAGCUUUCGAUGGUCUCA